AUGCGCCAGCAGCGAGGGACUGUGGAGAACUGCCAGGGAGGGGUUGGCGGUUCUGCCACUGCUGUUGGGGUCGCGAUGGACGAACAGCAGCCGGCGGCCAAGCGAAGAGGCAGAGUUCGAGCAGAGAAACAAAGUAGGGAGGGUGGGCGUUCCGUAGUGCACAUUGUUCCAGAGAGCUAUGUUGUAGAGAAAGGAUCACGAGUGGAGGUUCGAUGGAUUCAGUGCCGCGGCAGCGGGCAGCAGAAGAAGAUGGGUUACAACCAGAAUCGCCUAGUAGUAAACAGCUGCGAAACAGCUGUGGAUGCCUGGUUGGUUUUUCCGGGCGCACUGCGGACCAACACCGUUACAGAUGACCGAAAUUUGAGGGCGAACGCGGAGUUUGGGAUUGGGAACUUAGUUGAGAUCCACCAAAAUUGUUAG